GCGUUAGGUGUGGCUGGAGCGGCUUGGGAUGCGAGGUGGGCGGGGGGCGGGCUGAAAGUUGGAGCAAGCAGGAAGUGAACCGAGGGCUGCCGGGGAGGAAACAGGCGAGGCGACUUCUGCUGUGGACGGGUCUGAGCUGCUGGGAGACAUGGAGGAGGCCAGUGGAGGUGGAGGAAAUGACCGAGUGCGGAACCUUCAGAGUGAGGUGGAGGGCGUCAAGAAUAUCAUGACCCAGAACGUGGAGCGGAUCCUGGCCCGAGGAGAAAACCUGGACCACCUCCGCAACAAGACAGAGGAUCUGGAGGCCACAUCCGAGCACUUCAAGACGACCUCGCAGAAGGUGGCUCGGAAGUUCUGGUGGAAGAACGUCAAGAUGAUUGUCGUCAUCUGCGUGAUCGUGUCUAUCCUCAUCAUUGUCAUCGUGCUCCUUGCCACUGGUGUCAUCCAUUGAGUAGCUUAGGGAGCCCUUCCCAGCCCGCCCCUUUCUUUGGGGGCAUCCCUCCAUGAUGGGUGCCAAGAGGGGCCCCCUCUCCUGUCAUCUCCCACAGGAAUGCUGCUUGGUCCUCCUGCCCCUCUGCCACUUCGUAUGCUCCAGGGAGCACCUCGGUCCUCCAGCAGGAGAGAGCUGGACUGUGGCUGCUUUUCACAGACCGUAGAGUGGGUUGAGGUGACCAGAGGGCCCAGCGUGUGGCUGGGAAACUGUUGGUGGGUGGCAGGCAAUAAAGACCUUUCAGUAUC